AUGGAGCGUGCAUACGCUACGAGCGGAGAAGAGGUCCUCAACUUCUUCCACGUUGAUGAACAGAGGGGUCUAAGCGAGAAGGAAGUAACAGAUGCACAAAUCAAAUACGGGAAGAAUUCCCUACCAGAAGAACCUCCUACGCCGUUAUGGCAGCUCGUGCUCGAACAGUUUAAAGAUCAGCUCGUCAUAAUAUUGCUCGCAUCCGCCGCCAUCUCGUUCGUGCUCGCGAUACUAGAGGGUGGCGAUGACAAGACCGCCUUUGUAGACCCCGCAGUUAUCCUUACCAUCCUGAUCCUCAAUGCCGUCGUCGGAGUCUCGCAAGAGAGCAGCGCCGAAGCCGCCAUUUCCGCGUUGAACGAGUACUCGGCGAGCGAAGCCAAGGUGUUGAGAAACGGAAACCUUACCCACAUCCGCGCCGAUGAGCUCGUUCCCGGUGAUAUCGUCGAUGUUGCUGUUGGAGACCAGAUCCCCGCCGACUGCCGCGUUCUUUCGGUCCUGAGCAACAGCUUCCGCAUCGACCAGGCUAUCUUGACCGGUGAGAGUGAGAGUGUUGGAAAGGAUACCCACGCCGUCAAGGAUGAGCUUGCGGUCAAGCAGGAUCAGAUCAAUAUGCUUUUCUCCGGAACUACUGUUACCGUUGGACAUGCCAGAGCUGUGGUCGUCUUGACUGGCAAUGCGACGGCGAUCGGAGAUAUCCACACCAGCAUCACUUCGCAAAUCUCGGACCCUACCCCGCUCAAGCAGAAGCUUAACGACUUCGGUGAUAUUCUGGCUAAGGUCAUCAUGGUUAUCUGCAUCGUCGUCUGGCUCAUCAACGUCCGCAACUUCAGCGAUGAGGCACACGGCGGUUGGGUCAAGGGCGCCAUCUACUACCUGAAGAUUGCUGUUUCGCUCGGUGUCGCUGCUAUCCCGGAAGGUCUCGCCGUGGUCAUUACUACUUGUCUCGCCCUCGGAACCCGCAGGAUGGCUGCAAAGAACGCCGUUGUGCGCAGCUUGCCUUCGGUCGAGACUCUGGGCAGCUGUAGUGUUAUCUGCUCGGACAAGACCGGUACUCUGACCACCAACCAGAUGAGCGUCGCCACGGCUGUUACUAUCUCGGAAUCCCAGAUGGACCUCGAUGAACUUACCCUGGCUGGAACUAGCUUCGCACCGGUCGGAGAAGUCAAGACCGCCACCGGUAAAGUUCUGCUUGUGGCUGCAUCUCACUCUGUCACCAUUAAGAGACUCGCUGAGGUUGCCUGUAUUUGCAACGAUUCCGCGAUCGCCUACGAUGCCAAAUCUAAUGCCUUCACCAACGUCGGUGAACCCACGGAAUGUGCCCUCAAAGUUAUGGUUGAGAAACUUGGUGCCCCUAAGGCCACUGCCAACGGUUCCGCCGGUUCCGUUGCGAUCAAAGAACGCAUGCACGAUGCCAGCAAACACUACGAAUCCUACCUUCCCCGAAUUGCGACCUACGAGUUUUCCCGCGAUCGUAAGAGCAUGUCUGUGCUUGCCGGUACCAACGGUUCCUCUGUUUUGCUCGUCAAAGGUGCUCCGGAAUCCAUCUUGGAUAGGUGUACCUCCGCUAUGGUUGGUGUCGACGGUAACAAGGUUCCUCUUCGCUCGGAUACCCGGGAGUUAGUGAACAGGAAGCUCUCGGAGUAUGCCAACCGUGGUCUUCGUGUGAUGGCUUUCGCCGUUGUUGAUAACAUCUCUGGACACCCUCUCAUCGGAAAUGCCACCACCACCGAGGAAUACGCCGCUUUGGAACAGAACAUGACUUUCCUUGGACUCGUCGGAAUGUUGGACCCUCCCCGCCCUGAGGUUAAGGAAUCGAUCCGGAAGUGCCGCGAGGCUGGUAUCCGUGUCGUCGUCAUCACCGGUGAUAACAAGCAGACCGCCGAGACCAUUUGCCGACAGAUCGGAGUGUUCGGUGAGGAUGAGAAACUUGAUGGAAAAUCGUACACCGGAAGAGAAUUUGAUGCCUUGAGCGAUUCCGAGAAGUUGGCGGCUGCCCAGAGGGCCAGCUUGUUCUCCCGCACAGAGCCCGCUCACAAGUCCAAACUCGUUGACCUUCUCCAGAGCGCUGGUGAAGUCGUUGCCAUGACCGGUGAUGGUGUGAACGAUGCCCCAGCAUUGAAGAAGGCCGAUAUCGGAGUGGCAAUGGGUUCCGGAACAGACGUUGCGAAGCUCGCUGCCGAUAUGGUUCUCGUCGACGACAACUUUGCCACCAUCGAGCUUGCCAUCGAAGAAGGACGCAGCAUCUACUCCAACACCCAGCAGUUCAUCCGUUACCUGAUCUCCUCCAACAUCGGAGAAGUCGUUUCCAUCUUCCUCACCGCUGCCCUCGGCAUGCCUGAGGCACUCAUCCCCGUGCAACUCCUCUGGGUCAACCUGGUCACCGAUGGUCUUCCCGCCACCGCCCUCUCCUUCAACCCUCCGGACAACGAGAUCAUGCGUCGUCCGCCUCGCGGUCGCGAUGAGCGCCUCGUCACCGGCUGGCUCUUCUUCCGCUACAUGGUAAUUGGCACGUACGUCGGCUUCGCCACUGUCUGCGGCUACGCCUGGUGGUUCAUGUUCUACCACGCGGGCCCGCAGAUCACGUUCUCGCAGCUCUCGUCGUUCCACCGCUGCUCGCGCGAGUUCUCCGAGAUUGGCUGCGACAUGUUCAGCAACCACAUGAGCAAGUCCGCCUCCACCGUGUCCCUGAGCGUCCUCGUCGUCAUCGAAAUGUUCAACGCCAUGAACGCCCUUAGCUCGAGCGAGUCGCUGCUCACUAUGCCCCUGUGGAGGAAUAUGAAGCUGGUUGCUGCCAUCGCCCUGAGCAUGCUGCUGCACUUUGCCCUGCUGUACACUCCCGUUCUUCAGUCGUUGUUCUCAAUCAUCCCCCUCAACAUGGACGAGUGGAAGGCGGUCGUCUACAUCUCGCUCCCCGUGAUCUUUAUCGAUGAGGCACUCAAGUGCGCCGAGCGGAUGUGGUUCCUGCCACACCCGGCGGUCGUCUCUACGAAACCAAAGGUCGAGUAG